UCUGUCCGGCAGCACAGAGCAGUUGGAAACGCUGCAGCGGACCACCGUUUUCUCGCCACAGCACCACAAAACACACACCACACACUCACACAAGCACACACACAUACAACUAGAGUAAGAGGGAAGGAGAGGCGUAACCAGGAGAAGCAUCGUCAAGGAAAAGGAAAGCCACUCUUUUGUCUCCAUGGACACUCAACUUCCUCCAAGCAGUUCUUAGUCCGUGUAGCGCAGCAGCGGGCUCUUGCCAUCCGCUUAAUAAUUCAUCAGGUCGGUCUCUGAGCUUUGUGACUGCAACGCUUACCAACUUUCCUCCUCUAACUUUCGCACAGCAGCAGUCGGCUGUUUCAGCAACUCUCCUUUUAUACUUCAAACUGUUGGCAGAGAGGCAGAGGAAAACAAGUCCAGGCACUUUGUGAGCAUCUUGUGUGUGUUUGUGCGUGUGUGUGUGUGUGUGUGUGUGAGUGUGUGUGUUUGAGCAGAGUGGGCAAAAGGUGUGUGUGUUGUCUGGACGGAGGACAUCCUGCUCAUCUCAUUCUUGGACUUGGGACCCAUUCUUAAAACCACAGCUCUUGUGGGUCUGGACGAGUGAGAGGAAGCAAGAGAAGCACUCUGGAGGCCACGGAGAGGCUCAUAUGUGAGCACCGCUGGUGAAAGCAGUGCUUAGGCUGUUAUAGGGGCUGUGUGUGCACCCUUGGAUUCUCUGUCAUCAUGGCUGGCUGUACCAGCCGCUGCAGACAGGGGGUCCUAAAGCUCAUUCAGUCCCUUCAGAGGCUCGUCUCGGGAACCCUCAGCAAAGAUAAGAUAGAUGAUGAAUUAGAGAUGACAAUGGUCUGCCAUCGGCCGGAGGGUCUCGAGCAGCUCGAAGCACAGACGAACUUCACCAAGCAAGAGCUACAAGUCCUUUACAGAGGCUUCAAAAAUGAGUGUCCAAGUGGAGUGGUGAAUGAGGAGACAUUUAAACACAUUUAUGCACAGUUUUUUCCACAUGGAGAUGCCAGCACAUAUGCACAUUAUCUCUUCAAUGCGUUUGACACCAGAAAUAAUGGAUCCAUAAAGUUUGAGGACUUUGUGAUGGGACUAUCUACUCUACUGCGGGGGACGGUCAGAGAGAAACUAGAAUGGACAUUUCAUCUCUAUGACAUUAACAAAGAUGGAUUCAUUAAUAAGGAGGAAAUGACAGAGAUUGUGAGGGCCAUCUAUGACAUGAUGGGGAAGUACACGUAUCCGGCUUUAAAAGGGGAUGUACCAAAACAGCAUGUGGAUGCCUUCUUUCAGAAAAUGGACAAAAACAAAGAUGGAGUUGUAACAUUGGAAGAGUUUGUGCUUGCCUGUCAGGAGGAUGAAAACAUGAUGAGAUCCAUGCAGCUCUUUGAAAAUGUGAUGUAGAGAAGCUUUGCCAAAAGAAGAAAAGAAGAAGCAAGAACGCAAGAGGGAUUUUACGUUUAAAUAUAUAUUUGCUAUAUUUCACUGAACUGAGUUCUUGGGGAAUAAGAUGGCCUGAGAGGGAUGAGAGUCUGUGGGCUUUGCUUUUCUCCCUCUUUUCAAACCUUGUAACAUAUUCAGUGUUUUGCUGGUAUUCUGGGAAAUUACCAGCCCAGAAUCCACUUUGAUCCAGCCAGGGAAGACUGCAUAUGUUUGAAAAGCAUUGUGCGUUUCCUGACUAGCGGGUGCUGAUGAUCAACAUCCCUCUUCCCUACGAAAAAGAACUCCACUCUCAAACGUUUUUCAUUUGCUCGACCCUAGAGCUCAGGACUCUACUAAUGGUGUACUGGAACUGCAUCCAGGAGGAAAUACAGCCUCCUUUGCUUGCUUUCUUUGCCAAAAGAGCUUGCAUGAGAAAAAAAAAAAAAAAAAAAACAGCAGAUAUGUUCCCUAUGAGUUGCUUGAAAAUAAUGCUGGCCUUUAAAAUAUCUAAUUUUAUGAUUUAUUUAUCUAUGACAUGGGGUUUAAAGGAUACUUACUUGGAUGUUGAUUUUGUCUUGUGUUGUCAGCGUUAGUAAUUGUUGUUUUUAGUCUGCCCGCUUAAUGUAUGUCUAUCUGUCUCAGUACUUGCCAAGCCAUCUUUACCCACCAGAUCAUAGUGAAUAAGGUGGGACAGAAGUUUAAAAGAGUGUGUGUCUAAGUAUGGAAGUAAGUGAGGAGUAUUAAGCAAACUACAAAAUCACAACUGUAUUCAGACCCAACAAAUGACAAUCUAGUCUGUAGAUACCCUUCUGCGCCCAGAUACCUCUGCAUACUUUAAAGAAGGACAAGACAGUAUUUACAGUUUAAGUCAAAAGCUUACAUACACUUUGCAGAAUCUGCAAAAUGUUAGAUAUUUUACCAAAAUAAGAGGGAUUAUACAAAAUAGUACUGACCUGAAUAAGAUAUUUUGCAUAAAAGACAUGUACAUAGUUACAAGAGAAAAUAAUAUUAUAAUAAUAUACUGAAUGGAUUAUUCAGGUUACAACACAGUAUUAAGAAUCAAACGUUUGUAAACUUUUGAACAGGAUCAUUUAUAUAAAUUAAACUAUUAUUUGCUCUUGUGGGCUAUAUGUAAACAUAUUUUAUGUGAAAUAUCUUAUUCAGGUCAGUACUAAAUAAAAAUUACAUGCAUUUUGUAUGAUCCCUCUAAUUUUGGUAACAUAAUUAACACUUUGCAAAUUCUGCAAGGGGUAUGUAAACUUUUGACUUUAACUGUAUAAGAGGAAAACUCCAGAUAAAUCACAUGAAAUAUAUAUAAAAAAAUAAUUAUUAUUAUUAUUUAUGGGUCAGGGUCAGUCGUAAGACAUAUAAGCUAUGUAUAUACUUGCAAGUAUGGUGCCACAUGAGCAAAUGUCUAAUGAGGCACAAACAAACUGUGAAAACGAAGUAUCAGAAAUAUGCUGUGCAAUUCAAAUCUCAGUCAAAACUAAUUAAAAACAUUUAUGGAAUAAUAUUGAGCUGUGUUUU